CCACCGCCGGUCGCGCACAAACAUGCCUUGCCAUGGCGAUGUUUGAAGAGAGGCGCAGCACUAAGAUUUUACUCGAUGAUACUCUACCACUUUCGUGUGUGAUUGAGUCGUUCGAAAAUGUUCAAGGCCACACCUGCUACAAUGUGCGAGUGCAGCGCGGGUUUCAUCAGGAGACAACGUGGGUGGUGCAGAGGCGGUACAGCGACUUCGAUGCCCUGCACAGUCAGCUGCAGACUUCGGGCCAGGAGUUGCCUCUGCCACCUAAGAAGCUAUUCAAUAAGAUGAGCCGAGAAUUCAUUGCAGAGAGGCAGCAGAAGCUGCAGGAAUAUCUGGACCAGGUGCUUUCAGAGCCCCUAUUGUCACAAUGCCUGGCUGUCAAGCGCUUCCUGGACCCAAAUAGUUACAGCCAGAACUUCUGUGAGGCAGCCCUUCAGCACGUCUCCAUGUUAUUUCGGUCUGAGGAUCACUGGGAGGUGGUGGACCCACUCCCAGACAUUGGAUGGCGAUUUCGGAAGCAGUACUUUAUGGUCCGCCACAAGGGUGACCUUAAGGACAAGCCCCGGCUGCUGAUGUGGGUUCCUCUGGGUCCUGAUUUCUACCUCACUGUCAAGGACUUGCAAGUGGCUCUCAAGUUGCUCACUGCCAUACAGCACCCGAAUGUGUUGCCUUUAUGUCUUGGCUGUGUCAACGAAAGCGGGGCAGCCUUGGUACAGGAAUUUUGCCCUCAGGGAUCCCUCAGGGACGAGCUGUGUCAGGCCAAGCCGAGGGACAGUUACCUCAGGAAAUACGGCACUGUCCGGCAACCCAAACAGCUAGCUCCCGCAACAGUGGCCCGGUUGGGAAGGCAAGUGCUGCAGGUCCUUUUGGGGCUGCAUCAGCAUGGAUUCCACCAUGGGCACCUGCAUCUUGGCAACAUUGUCCUACGAGGCGACAACUGUGUGGUGACAGCCCUGCAGAACCAGCUGCUUGGCCUGCCCAGCCGGCUGCGACCAUUGAUUGUUCACCUCAAGAAAGUCAGGACUGCAGAGGCCGUGGAUGUGUACAGCUUUGGCCACAUGAUUUACGAAAUGACAUUCGGCAGGCCUUGCAGCAGUCCAACUUGUGACAGCUUCCCGGCCCCAUGCCCUCCUGAACUGAGGUCUGUGCUGGAGGCACUGCUUUCUGCGGAAGCAUGCAAGAAUGGACUGCCUUCAGUGGCCAACCUGCUUAUGCACCCCUUUUUUCAGAAUGUGGCGCCAGCCAAUGGAAGCACAGCCAAGCUUGCCCUUAGAGUUCCCAGUUCCUUAAGAGAUGCACUCAAGAUGGCACGCUCACUCACAGAGAAGAGGUUACAGGAGGACCAAAAACAGCUACGACAGCACACCAAGCUGAGCAAAGCCCAGGCACGCUUGUCACAAGACGAUGACCGCAAGAAGAGGCUACUUGAGCUAAGAAAAACGGAGAGCAGCCGGACACAGGCACGCUCCUCCACAAGCACGAGAGCCGAGGCCACCUCUGUGAAGACUCAAACGCCUCCACCUCCGCCGCCUCCACCUCCACCAAUUUCGCCACCUCCUCCACCUCCGCCACCAGCACCACCGACUCCGGGUUCGGGAUCGUCGGGAUCAUCGACCGACCGCUCUGCCCUGCUCUGCUCAAUCACGUCCUUCAAUAAGGGCGCUUUGCGCAGAACUACGACCAAAGACUGCAGCAAGCCAAAGCUCUGACUACUGGUGCAGCUCUACAAUAACAUGCUCACUGUAUCAUAGAUGCUGUGCCGCAUCUUCCAUUAACGUUGCAUUGAAUAAGUCUGAAAAGAACCUGGAAUCAAACAUGGAAGUUGGGCAGCAAAUUGGAGUUUAAUAUUAUUUUCAUGCAAACGUGUGGCACAGCAUAUUGGAUAUGCUAGGCAUUAGAAGGUUUCAGGUAUGAGGUAGGUUAGCCUUGAAUGGGGACAAUAGUUGGGAAGGAUGCGUGUGGGUAGAAAACGGAGAAUGAGGAUGAAACAGCGGUGUGGUGAUGCCGCAAGAGAUGCCAAAGAAACCAGCAUGCUAUUGUGAACCAAGGUAAUUGUGUCACCUUUUGCUCUGGUCGUGGCAGAGACAAGACAGGACUUGAGAGGAAGCUGCGAGAAUGUUGCUCCAUUGACAUUCCAUGCGGAUUUGCUCUGGCUGUAUCACAAGGACAUGGUGUUCUCUGAUUGUCAAAUGGCAGCUGUUUGAAGUAUAUUGAUCUUGGAUCUCUGAGAUGGCUGCUUCACAUGCAGUGCCUCGCUCCCCGUUUCUCUGCUGUUAUGACCAACAGUCGUUGGGGGAAAAAGUGCCUUUUCCGUUUUUGUUGUGUCACAGUGUUGUGCAUGAUGGGUCUAAUAAUCGGGGGUUUCUUUUCUGUCGUUUUUUUUUUAAAGCAUACUGCGAGUGAACACAACUGGCAUGUUAAUUUUUACUACUGCCAGUACUGUCUCAAUGCAGCUGUAUGCCAUAAAGAAACUUGUUUCUAAUGCACAGUUUAGUGUGCUCCCAAAGAUCACAAGGUGCAGUGCUUAGCACAGCUCCUAGCUUAUCUUGUUGCCAAGUAUGUGUGGUUGCAUCUCUAAUGUUGAUGAAGUGCGAAGCUAUGUUUUACUGCAUGUGCUGAGAGCAGUUAGUGUAAUUUUAGUUGAAAACAUUGCCAACAUGCUGCAUACUUAUUGUGCACAAGGAAAUAGUGUCAUGCCUGCAAUCUGAUAGAACCCUAGCAAGUUUAACAGAAAACUGUUGCUUUCUCUGAAAAAAUGUAACACUUUGUGUACACAAGUUUGCGUGUUUAAAUACAACGUAGUUAAG